CUUUGCGACGUAACGUACCGUGAGGUUUGUAUCGCGGCGUAAAAUGUUCAACAAGAAACCUCGGAAAAACUUUCGACAGAGAAAAAAGAGCUCCAGCGACGACGAGGACAAAGAGACGAACAGCGGAGAGGAAAAUGGAAACAAGAAAGCUCCGGUAGCCAUAAAAAACAAGCCUCUUAAAGCAGCGCAGGGCCGCGGCAUCUCCUGCUACUCCAAGCGGGAGGCUACACCUCCGCAGCCGGACAGCAGUGACGGAGAAGACUGGGGAAAGACGCUGGAAGUGACAGAAGAAAGAAGGGAGAAGGAAAACUAUGGGACAAGAAAAACAAAAA